AAAAGAAAAAUAUAAAAUAAAAUAAGUUACCGCGAGCUGACUUGUCGUGUGAGUAGGAAACUGCGAAUUUAUGUUACUCGCCCUCUCUCUCAUCUGUUUAGGGUUUUUGUUUCGUCGUCACCAUCACCUUCAUCCACCGAAUACAGAAAAAGAAAACAAAUGGGUGAGGGUGGGAAGCGGAAUCGUCUGCAAAGAGAUCAUCAUGAUGGAGAUAAUAAGAACCAGAAGAGAAGGGUAAAUGAUAAAGAUGAAAGGGGUAAUAAUGAUGAGCUAGUUGCUUAUAGAAUACUUUGUCCUGAUGAGGUUAUAGGUAGUGUAAUUGGCAAAAAUGGCAAAGUUAUCAAUUCAAUAAGGCAAGAGACCAGGGCAAAGGUUAAGGUUGUUGACCCCUUUCCAGGCCCUAACGAUAGGGUUAUUACAAUUUAUUGUUAUGUUAAGAAGAAGGAAGAUGUUGAGUUGGACGAUGAAUUUCAUGAUCAUCAGCCAUUUUGUGCUGCCCAGGAUGCUCUUCUUAGAGUUCAUUCUGCUAUUUCAAAUGCAGUUUCGUCUGUUCUUGAUUCUGACAGGAAAAUGAAGGAUAAAGAGGAAUGUCGAAUCCUUGUCCCAUCUAGUCAGUCUGCCAAUAUUAUUGGUAAGGCUGGGACCACAAUAAAGAAAUUGAGAAGCAAGACGAGGGCCACUAUUAAAGUUACUCCUAAGGAUGCUUCUGACCCAACUCACUCAUGUGCUAUGGACUUUGAUAAUUUUAUAAUGAUAGCUGGUGAAUCAGAAGCUGUGAAGAAAGCAUUAUUUGCAGUUUCUGCAAUUAUGUAUAAGUUCAAUCCUAAGGAAGAAAUUCCGCUUGAGACGACUGUGCCAGAAGCUCCUCCAAGCAUUAUUAUACCAUCAGAUGUCUCCAUUUAUCCACCAGGUGGAUUAUAUCCUAAUGCUGAUCCAAUUGUCCCUUCUAGAUCUGUUCCACCAAUCUUAGGCUCUACACAUUUACCAGAACAUCAAGGAUACCAGGAUGCAGGGGGUUCAUGGCCUGUAUAUUCUUCCACCCUUCCUGUAGUUCCUAGUUUUGGCAUUGCAUCUCAAUCUGAGGAAUUAAUCUUACGAGUAUUGUGCCCCUUUGAUAAAAUUGGACGUGUCAUUGGUAGGGGUGGGGGUACUAUUAAAACCAUAAGGCAGGCUAGUGGAGCUCGUAUCGAGGUUGAUGAUACCAAAGCUGACCGUGAUGAGUGUAUCAUUACAGUGACUGCUAUGGAGUCACCAGAUGAUUUGAAAUCCAUGGCAGUGGAAGCUAUUUUAUUGCUACAGGGGAAGAUUAAUGAUGAAGAUGAUGACACUGUUAGCAUUAGACUCCUUGUUCCAUGUAAAGUUAUUGGGUGUAUAAUUGGAAAAAGCGGUUCAAUCAUAAAUGAAAUUCGCCGGAGAACCAAAGCUGAUAUACGCAUUUCCAAAGGCCAGAAGCCUAAGUGUGCUGAUUCUAGUGAUGAACUUGUUGAGGUGCUAGGAGAAGUUGGUAGUGUGAGAGAUGCCCUUGUCCAAAUUGUUCUGAGGCUCAGAGAUGAUGCCUUGAAAGAAAAAGAUGGCAGUCAUAAUCCUUCAGUUGGUGCCGAUCCUUUAUACUCAGGUGGCUCUGGUAUUUCAGUACCAUCUCUAUUGUCUUCUGUUCCACCAGUCACUCCACUGGCUUAUGACCAGAGGCCUGAAACUGGAAGUGGCUUGGGCCUGCUUUCAUCAAGCAAUCUCUAUGGAUAUGGAUCUUUGACGAUGGGAGAUAAUGGGUAUGAUUCAAUGUCUUCAUAUUCAUCGUCUAAGCUGUAUGGAGGACUGCCUCCACCCUCAACCCUGGAGAUGUUGGUGCCUGCUAAUGCAGUGGGUAAAGUGCUGGGCAAAGGAGGCGCAAAUAUAGCCAACAUACGGAAGAUAUCAGGAGCAAUGAUAGAGAUCUCUGAUGCCAAGUCUGCUAGAGGCGACCGUAUUGCUCAUAUAUCUGGCACGCCAGAGCAGAAGCGUGCAGCUGAAAACUUGAUCCAGGCAUUUAUAAUGGCUACCUAAUUUUCAAGAACACAUAUCUUGGUAUUUUGAAGGUGAAUAGUUAAAAUUUUGGAAUAUUCUUCGUCACAGUCAUCCUUAGUUCUUUAGGUUCCAUAUGGAAAGGGCUUCACUUUCUAGGCUUCUACAAGUGGACUCCUGUUUCUUACAUAACGAUAUCUGCCAAGAUCACGUGGGAUGUACAAUGCUGGUUUACAUUUAUGGGCAUAGGUUCCUGCCAUUGCUGCUUGAUCUAUUCCUUAAUCUGCAGAUCUUAGAAACUGUUAGGUUCUUUCUUUCCCUCCGUUCUGUUUUAUCUGGUCUUAUCAUUAACUAGUAUGGGCCCCACCUUAUUUCCAAUAUUGUUUAUUCUCUGAUUUGAUAAUCACUAGGAAGUGUUUUCAAUACCAUAUUGCCAAACUCAUUAUGAAUAUGUGUUGUUUUUUCUGGCCAUACAAUCUCUUGAUCUCUGCUUGUUAGAUAAUCUUCUCUCUCAGUGAUUCAAAAUGCUGUGCAGUUGUUUCUGAACUCUACUUGAUUUUCCUGGCUUUUACAUUUCUAAUGCAGUUUAAAGGCAAUCACCCUCUUGUAAUGAUUAGUAAAGUUGACUCUCUGGAGUCUUGACUUGCUUCAUUCUCCUCUUAGCUAAAAAAUCGUGUGUCUUUUUCUCCGGUUUAUGAAGACGAAGACUUGGAGAUUAGAUCAUUAAAUUGCUACAUGUCAUAUAGUUCUCUCUCUAUAUCCUCCUUCAUGCAUAUUUUUGUGAGUUGCACAUUACGUAUGCGAUAAAAUUCAAAACAAGCUAUCAAAUUUCUUUAGGGAAGUUAUUGUUGUUUUAAUACUCUUAUAGAGCCCCGAAGAUUUUUCUCUCAAAGCUUUUACUGUGCCACCAGAUACAAGUUAGACGAAAGAUACCUCUUAACUGUCAGAUUUGAACAGCUAUAGGUAAUUGCAGUGCCACUAUCUUUUCUACAUUUGGGUUGUUGCUUUCAUUGACAGCCCAGUUUCUUAUGUCUUAAGUUCAGUUAACUUCUGCUUUUAUUGGUACUUGAGUUAUUGAACAUCUUUUAUUGAUCACCUUUAGGCCAUGAUUAGGUUAGCUGCCCUCAAAAACUUUUCAAAGUUGUCAUAUAGCCUUAAUAUAUUAAGUUACUCCUCUUCCUUCCUCUUAUCUCUCUUUUCUUUUUGCUUUCCCACUGCUCUUUUGUUCUAACUUCUUGUUGACCCCCUUUUACUUCAAAUAUAAUUCCAGCCUGAUAACAUGGGUUCAAAACAACAUUUUGUUUUUCUUAAUUUUAGUGAGCUGUUUAUUGUUAAAAGGCUCUUCAUUAUAAGAAUAUCCAAUUUCCUUUCAUGGUGAAUCCCCUGUUAGUUGUUUCCAUAAUCCAUUUUUGAAAGACAGUCCAGAUGGUGUCAAGUUGGUUUUCAUUCAGCAGUGGCUCUUCGUUUUUUGUUUGGCACGUCAUCAUGCAGCUCUACUCAGUGUUCAUUGUCUACCAUUUUGGCUCCUAAUUCUCGCUAAAAGCGUUAUGAAUAUCCUGUUCCUUUUGUCCAUUUGAUGUCCAGUUAUUCCGGAUUUUGUAACGAGGGAUGGGUCUUUUUCCCUCCAUAAUGCCAACCUGCUGUAACAGCCACUCUCCUAAUUCAUAAGGUCAACCAUAGGAUUUCAACCUACUGGCAAACACUGUUACUUUAGGCGAUGAACCAUUAGGUAGCCAAAUUCAUUGCUAUCAGAUUCUGAUGAUCAUGUUGUGCACAAUGUUACCAAAAACUGUACAUUAUGCAGUUUUGUAAGUGAUCUACUUUUACCUGCACCCUUUUCCAUUUCUUUUUUUGACAAUGAACUGUUUUUAUUAGUUCCUUUGCCUUGAAAAUCUGCAGGUAAAGCACCAAUUCCCAUGUAACUUCCUUUUUUAUUUUUUCCCUUUCUCAAAGUUCCACAAAAUAUGCCGUACAGCACCAGUAGACGCAAUUCAAAACUGCCAUUCUUUUAACUUCAGUUAUGAGUCAUAGCAGAGUUCCUUUCUGUUAAAAGUUCUUUGCUACUGAGUAUACUGUAAAUGUGGAAUCGUUUUGUAGUAAAGUUAGCCUGCCAUGUUUAGUUAUGAAUGCAUACCCAGCCUUUACUUUUUUCCAUGAUCAAGAGCAUUUCUAAGCAAGUUAGUUCCUCCAUUAUCCUAAUAGGAUUACGCAAGCUGGUCUGCUGUGAUGAGCUAGAAAACCCUCCUUCAUUGUCUUAGAUCUGUCUACAUGUAAAGGUCUUUUUAUCUUGUCCCUUCACGUAAAAUUGAGUUUGAAAGGCUGUUUGAUGACUGAUCAAGUUAGUAUUUGGUAGAAAGUGGAGUAUUAAUAUUCUUUUACGAUAGCAGUGGAGGUGAGAACAAGAAAAUUAUUUGACUAGGAGGCUGUUGCAUUAAUAUGGUUUUGUAUUUUUUAAUUGAUGUAGAUGGUUAUGUACGCUAUUGUUAAAAGCUUGUGGUGAUAUGUGGUAACUUGCUUAAUGCUAUACGUUGUGGUUUACAAGUA